AUGUCCCACCCAACCCCCCAAACAGGCCUCGACCAUUUCCAGCGUCUCAACCCAUCAAUCUACUACCACUCACCCCCGCAACCCCGCAAUCCCUCGCGCACUUCCCCUUCUCUAAUCAUCCUCCUAGGCUGGAUGAACGCGCCCCCAAAACACCUCUCCAAAUACGUCUCCGUCUACACAAAACAGCAUCCCUCAGCGCGCAUCGUCGUCGUCACAACCAGCACCUCCGACAUCCUCUUCCGGUCCAAAGCCGCAAACCUCGUGCGUCUGGGCCCGGUGCUAGAGAUGUUGUAUUCCAUCUCGAAUGAGAGCGUGUUGCUUCAUUUGUUUUCCAACGGCGGAGGAUUGACGGCUACUGUGCUCGCGAAGGAGUAUGUGCGAAAGACGGGUCACCCGAUGCCUUUGAUGGCGAUGGUUCUUGAUUCUUCGCCCGGUCGACCGAGUGUGAGGGCUACGCGGAGGGCGUUUGCUGUUGCGCUGCCUAAAAAUCUCGUACUUCAACUCAUCGGGAACUUGUUAUUCACGUUAAUCUUCAUGAUCAUGAAACUAGGCAAUUAUCUUGGGGUGACGGAGAAUGUGAUACAGGGCGUGAGAGAUUGUUUGAAUGAUAGUAGGUAUUUUGGGCUUGAUGUGCCUCGACUGUAUGUGUUUAGUGAGGCGGAUAGGAUGGUUGAGGCGCGGGAUGUGGAGAAUCAUGCUGUUGAGGCAAAGGGAAAGGGGUAUGAGGUUCUGAGGGAGAGAUUUGGGAUGAGUGGACAUGCUGCGCAUAUGAUUGAGGAUCCGGAGAGGUAUUGGGGUGCUGUUGGGAGGUUGUGGGAUUCUGUUAAGUAA